GUUUUAAAAGGGAAACGAACUAAGAAACCCAACUUUAGACUUCAAAUAAAGGGAACAAAUUGAUAAAGUCUUUGUUGCAAAUUCUUAUUCCAGACAUUAAUUGUUGCUUUCUUUUUCCUCACAGGGAUUUGCAGUCUUAUUUUUCCGAUCUUACCCUCUUCUUAACCCCUGAUAGUAAGACCUUUAAUGUAUUUGUGGAUAAUCGACCAUGGCUGAAAGAUCUAGCUUCCAGAUCUGUACAUCUAUGAUAGUUGAUGGUUACCAAGAGAUCUCUUCUUACAGGAGGGGCGAAAGAUCACAACAUGAAAACCCAUAAAAUCCUUCAUUUUCUUGGGUUAUUGGUUAUGCCGCCGGGUGUGCUGCAUGUCUGCCCCUGCUAUAUUAGCGGUAUCUUCACAGAAAUCAAGCUUCCGGGCAGCGAAGAGAAAACUCAUCAGAGUACUACUACUACAACAUCUUCAGAUGCUUGGAAUUGUUUAAAUGUUGUGGGUUCAAAUGUCAGGAUUAAUAUGCUAGUGGACCAUUUCAAGAAGGUUGUAGAUUGCUUCUUUGCUGUAUGGUUAAGUAUAGUUUUCGUUGCCAUAAGUUGUAUCGGGUCUGCAAUGCCUUUCAUUUUGUGUGGAAUGAUAUGUUGUUACUUUCUUUGUAUUGUUUCUAUCCUUGGAAUCCAUGUGGAUAUGAAUCAAAUCAGAGGAGCAAGUAAAGACUCCAUUAAUUCUUUCAUUUUACAACAUUCGUUGAAUCAAACAUUUCAUCGAACACCUGACAUGCAACUAAGAUCAUGCAUAAAUCCUUGCAAGAUACAGUUAGAAUGA